AGAUGAACUCUUUAAACACUGUCUUCCUCUUUCUCUCUCCUUGUAUAAACCGACAUGAGUUCGAAAGGUCGAAAGCAGAUGCAUGUAACUUCAUCAUUUUCAGUCAAAGUACAACCAACGGUGGGAACAUACCUCUCUGAGUCGGUCGCUGUAUUGUUGUUUUUUUGGCAGGCAUCAAAUCUUUCUUUUUUAUUUACUAUUUAAAGAAAUUUAAUAAAAAUACAAAGCUGAGUAUAUUUAACUAUUCUUUGUACAAUAUAGAGAUUGGCACCAAACUUCGUGCACUUCUAUUAGCAGAAAGUAGCACGAAGAUUCAACUAUUCUCUUCACGGCUGUUCAAGUUUGAAUUUUCCUCCUUAUAUAGCCGUUUGUAAGGGAAUUUUUCUCAGUUAUCUCCUCGAAAAUUUUAUAUCUGUAAAAAAAUUCAGUUUUCUACUGUGUGCAUGUGCUCCAAAUCAAGUCAAAUACCAUAAGGAAGCCCAUCAAUUCAGAAAGAUACGUUUUGGGUUGGUCUUAUUUUUGAGCUACGGAAAGUGUUCGACGAAAUUAAUUUUGUCAGAGUUCAAAGUCGGUGGCUUCAGAUUCUGCAGAAACGGUAUUGUGUUGAAGAGAAGCUGAAAAGGGUAUUUAUAAUUCACCAAAAAAACAUCUGGGUUGGUGUUAUUUUGUCGUAAUUUUGUCUAGUUUGAAGCGGGUCGUACAUGUGCUUAUUAAAGGUGGCGAACCCAAGAAAAUCCAGCGAGUAUGUCAGAUUUACAGAUACAGGCGAUUCAGAAACUACUACAACCACCGCCGCAGAAGGCGGUGCUCAGCCUUAUGGACAAAGCGACCAAUGUUUCGAAGAAAUGAUUCAACAACAAAUACAACAGGAAGCUGACUAUUUGCUAUCAACUUCUUCGGCGAUGCCGAUGUUUACAGGGUACAGUCAGACAAGAGAGAUGUCGGCAAUGGUGACAGCGCUGACCCAUGUGGUAUCGGGUUCGAAUUACCGACCCGAUAUCAGUGGUUCCGUUACGACAUCGUUUGGUGGUGGUGGUUCUGGUAUUUAUUCAGCAAAUUCGCCAUCUUCAGCUUAUUCAUCUACUAGCUCAGGGUCUAGAGCUGGACAAAAGAGAAGCCGUGAUCAAGAAGAAAGUGUUACUCAGAUAUUGGAACAAAGUCAUCAAGGGAUUUAUGGAGGGUUUGGAGAAUUUAGAGGUGGCUUGCCAUCUUCCUCUGUUAAAGCUGAAGAAGCUACAAGUAUGGUGGCACCAACCAUUUCCACCAUUACAACAGUUCCAGCUUUCACAACCACAACCACAACAGCAGAAAUAGCAACUACAGCAGCUGGUGGUACAAGUGAAGAAACAGGAGGAGAGAGGAGAAGGAGAUACAGAGGAGUAAGACAAAGGCCAUGGGGAAAAUGGGCAGCAGAAAUAAGAGAUCCACAUAAAGCAGCUAGAGUUUGGUUAGGUACAUUUGAUACAGCAGAAGCAGCAGCAAGAGCAUAUGAUGAAGCUGCUUUAAGAUUCAGAGGCAACAGAGCCAAACUAAACUUCCCAGAAAAU